CCUCCCCCCGGGCUGAGGAAGCGGAGGGAGCAGUGGAGUUGCUCUGCAUAUUAAUGAGCCGGGAGCGAGGGCAGCAGGAGCCGCUUUAAAGGAGGAGAACGGGAGGCAGCGGCAGAGCUCAGCCAGCGCCGGGAGCUGCUGCUCUCUGUCCCUCCCUGGCCACACAGCCCCGGCACAGCGGGGACGGGAGGGACAACCCUAAACGAGCAAACACAUCAACCCCCCCCGGAGUCUCCUUGGGUACCUGCUGUCUCACCAUGAAGCUCCUGACAGCAGCUCUGCUUCUGCUCUUCAUCGCCAUGUGCUUAGCCAGCGCAGAAGGCGUAAAGUGCAAAUGUUCAAGAAAAGGUCCUAAAAUAAGAUUCUCUAAUGUACGGAAGCUGGAAGUAAAGCCAAGGUACCCAUUUUGCGUGGAAGAGAUGAUUAUUGUGACUCUGUGGACAAAGGUGAGAGGUGAGCAGCAGCACUGCCUAAACCCCAAACGGCAAAACACAGUGAGGCUGCUCAAGUGGUACCGAGUAUGGAAAGAGAAAGGCAGGGUUUAUGAAGAAUAAGAGGAAGUGGCAUGAGGAAUGGAGCAGACUCCCUUGGCUGGCAUAGGACUGGGCUCUACAGAAGAUUCUUUCUCUCUCACAGACAUAAGACACAAAUUCUAUAUUAUUAUAAAGCACUUUUUACCAAGGGUCAGUUUUUACAUUUUAUAGCCACGUGCAAAAGGCUUCCAGAUUUCACAAGCAUCUGUUGCACUUCUGAUUUCUUACCUGUCUGCUCUGUACUGAAACUGGGAAAAACCACAUGCUUUUCAUUUUAAAAGAAGUUGGUUUGGGAUUUCUUUUUAUUCAUUCAUACAUCACUAUGAUUGCAAUCGAGCUUUAUAAGCUCAUUAGGCAAACAGGAAUGUUUGGGAUGGUGUUACACAGCCACAUCCCUCACCCUCUCACAGUGGGAAAGCUUCAGUGCUUGGUCAUAUUUGCAGCCUCCACCUUAGUCAGGCAAAACAGGGACCAAAGACAAGUUUGCUGGGAAAGAUGCCACUGAAAUGUUGUGUCUGUACCUGCAGCAGAAGGGAGGUCCCUCAGCAUCUCAAAUGAGUGUGAGCACCACUUGUGUACCUCUUUUUUAAAGGACUUGAGGUCUUGCUGCAGGACGAAGCAUCCCCUAAGCUCCCAUUUAACCUUUCAUGCAUUAUAGAAAGCAUUUCUAGGUCAUUUUUAUUACUAAGAAAAUCUGGGGUUUUUUUUCUUUCCACCUGAAGCACUUACAGAAAGUUUGUGGCUUCAGUACUGAGACAUUUUAAGCUUCGAGACUAUUGUGUAUGAUUUCCUAGAUUUGUAGCAACAACAACAACAAUAAAAAAAGCCUUUAAAAGGUACAUUUUUAUGAAAAUAUGAUAGGGCAAACAUAUAAAUACCUAUGUAUGUUUUAGUCACAAUACACCAUAUUCGUUAUUUUGAAUGUAAUACUUCAAUGUUAAGCAGUGCAUUCCUCUUUUUAAUAUAACAAAACUACCUUUUCAUUUGUAAAUACACUAUAGGAAGUCUCCCUAUAUUAUCUUGCUGUAUAAUGUACUGUACUGCUAAAUUAUCAUAUGCUAUUUAAAUGUUUGAAAUAUUUAGAAGGUUGCAUGCAGAUUUCAUAUUUCUUUCUAAGACAAACAAAAAAAGUAAUAAAAAAUAUAUUUAAAAAAA